CUGGGAAAGAACGGCCCCCGCCCCUCCCACGCUCCCUCGCCUUCCCGAUCCUUGGGGCCUCCAGGCGAUCACCGAGGGCCGCGUGAGCGUGGCCGGGCUGGCCGGGUGUCCGGGCUGCGGCGGGAGGAGCCGGCGAGGUGGGGCGGGAGAGGAGCCGCCUCACCUUGACCAGGGUCGCGACGACCCAGCACCCUUCUGGCCUCCUUUCCGCGCUCAUCCUCACGGCGCAUUUUCUCUUCAGAAACUUGGGAUGUUUUUGUUAGAGACCAGAGGACGAGUCUUACCGCGGGUGUCUGGCAGCAUCGUGUAGUAUUAGGAACCCUGGAGAUGGACUGCCUGGGUCCAAAUCUCCAUCCACAGGUUACUGGCUCCUGGCUUCUGCAAGUCACCUAACUACUGUGUGUCUCAGUUUCAAGUAUAAAAUGGGAGAAAUAAUAGUAACCUAUCUCAUAAGGUGGUUGGUGGUUGGGAGGAUGAAGUGGGUUAGUAUCUCUUCAGUGCUGAGAACCGAGUGCGAUGCACAAAAAAGUAUGUAAGUGCUGGUCAUCUUUUUGAGCUUCUAAAAAGAGAGUUUUGUCUCUUUCUUCCCUCCCCCGGCAUCCACGCCGAAAAUAAUCGCCCAAGAGUAGGGAAAAAAAGAUUUUUUUCUUUUUUGAGAAUAUGGGCUUUUGUAUGCACGGCCUUUUAAAAAAAUUAAACAUUUGUAAACAGUUGCACAUCCUACAUUAAAGAAAAGACAGGUGUAGGUAAACGCGGAAGUUGAAAACGAAAGUUUUGUUUGGGAAACCGCGUGAGAAAAAUGGCCAGAAUUUAUUUGUGCUGAAAGCACUUAACAUAGCGUGCCUGAGACUGCUGUCCUUAGAAAGGUUAGCGCUUGCUUGGCAUCUGGGAACAACAUGUUUUAUGUUGUAGGGUACGGUUUAUGCAGAAGUUUCUAGCCCCCUAAAAAUCUGCACCAGUGAGUCUGUAAUGGGCUUCCCUGAGCAGAAACGUUUCAUAGACAUUACUGGAUUUUACUUAUUGGGGGAAGAGUGUGGUGACCCCUCUUGGGAGGGAGAGAACGAUAAGGAAGACUGCACUUGGAUUCCUCUAGACUUCACCUGUGUCUUUUUCAUUAUGAUCAAGCUGUACGUCCAUACUACAUUGCUGUAAUAAGUGUUAGCCAUGAAUACAACUAUAUGCUGGGUUUUGUGAGUCCUUAUAGUAAACCUCCAAAUGAGAGGGUGGUCUCAGAACUCCCCAAACACAAUAUUGAUGAUAGACAGUAUUUGAAGCUCCAAUAAUCGGACUUUAAUUUUGUCUCUUUUUGCCUGAAUGGGGAAUUGAAGAAGAAAGCUAUACAGAUAAGAGACUGCUAAAUAGUGGGUUACCAUCCAAAAUGGCUCUGUAUGUUUAGACAUGUACAUGUGUCAGAAAAAUCACUGGAAAUUGACUCUACAUUGCCAAGUUAAGUAUGAGUCAGUGUUUUUGAAAAAAGGCAUAGGUGUUUUAUAGAUUCUAGGUCAGCUACCUGGUUCUUUUUGUUAUUCUGCCAGUAUUAGCUAUGUGUUAAUGCUCAUCUUUAUCAAGAGUUUACCUGUGCAGGGGGUGUAAAAAUAUGACCAAUUUCUCAUGGGCCAUUUUUCUUGGAUUCUCUUAGUUACGCCUGUCUCUUUCCAAGACAUCAAGUUAAAAGAGUUGGAGUAAGUAACAGAUGCGGGUGAAAGAGCCAUCCAAAGCUUUACCUGAGAAAGCCAAAAGAAGUAGAAGGCCUACCAUACCUCAUGAUGAAGACUCUUCAGAUGACAUUGCUGUAGGUUUCACUUGCCAACAUGUAAGUCAUGCUAUCAGUGUGAAUCAUGUGAAAAAAGCAAUAGUUGAGAAUCUGUGGUCAGUUUGCUUGGAAUGUUUAAAAGAAAGAAAAUUCUAUGAUGGACAGCCAGUACUUCCUUCUGAUAUUUGGUUGUGCCUCAAGUGUGGUUUUCAGGGAUGUGGUAAAAACUCAGAAAGCCAGCAUUCAUUGAAGCACUUCAAGAGCUGGAGAGCAGAGUUACACUGUAUUAUAAUUAGUCUGAGCACAUGGAUCAUUUGGUGUUAUGAGUGCGAUGAAAAAUUAUCAACACAUUGUAAUAAGAAGGUUUUGGCUCAGAUAGUUGAUUUUCUCCAGAAACAUGUUUCUAAAACACAAACAAAUGCAUUUUCUAGAAUCAUAAAACUUUAUGAAGAAAAAUGUGAAACAGGUGAUAAAAAGGGAAGAAAAGACAGCAAUGUAACAUCUGUAAAAGGAAUUACAAAUUUAGGAAAUACUUGCUUUUUUAAUGCAGUCAUGCAGAAUUUGGCACAGUCUUACAUCCUUACUGAACUGAUGAAUGAGAUCAAAGAACACGGUACAAAACUCAAGAUUGUUCCUUCCUCAGACUCUCCACUGGACCCAUUAGUGGUGGAACUUUCAAGCCCUGGACCAUUGACCUCAGCCUUGUUCCUGUUUCUUCACAGCAUGAAGGAGACUGAAAGAGGACCGCUUUCUCCCAGAGUUCUUUUUAAUCAGCUUUGUCAGAAGGCCCCUGGAUUUAAAAGUUUUCAACAACAGGACAGUCAGGAACUUCUUCAUUAUCUGCUCGAUGCAGUGAGGACAGAAGAAACAAAGCGAAUACAAGCUGGCAUUCUCAAAGCAUUUAACAACCCAACUACUAAAACUGCUGAUGAUGAAACUAGAAAAAAAGUCAAAGCCUAUGGAAGAGAAGGUGUGAAAAUGAACUUCAUAGAUCGUAUCUUUAUUGGUGAAUUAACUAGCACAGUCAUGUGUGAAGAAUGUGCAAAUAUCUCCACAGUAAAAGAUCCUUUUAUUGAUAUUUCACUUCCUAUAAUAGAAGAAAGGGUUUCAAAACCUGUACUUUUGGGAAGAAUGAGUAAAUAUAGAAGUUUACAGGACACAGAUAAUGGUGAAUACAGUGGCACUAUUACUAUAGAAAAUACUCAUCAACCUAGAGCCACCAAGAAGCAUUCUUCAUCUAAAGAUAAGAAUCAACUAAUUCAUGACAGAAAAUGUACAAGAAAAUUGUCACCUGGAGAAGAUAAAGCUGUUGUCAUAUACCAGAAAAAGGAAAACCUUGAAAUGAAUAGAGACUCCUCAUCGUCUGCAAGCAUCGUGAACACUGAGUCGACUCUGACUGAAAGCCCUACCGACGGCAGUGAAAAAGAAGCCAGCCUUUCUGAAAGUAGUGUUGGUGCUGACAGUGAGGCUUCAGAGUCUGAAAGUGCUCCUAAGCAGACUUUGUUGUUGAGAUCCAGCAGUGGAUACUUUGUGCACACAAAUGGACACCUUCGCCAUCCGUCAGAGAGUGAACCACUCACCACGGAGGGUGACGGUGGUGAUGAGGGAGUGGCUGGAGCUAUUUCUGAACUUCAUCUGAGCAGCACUGUAACUGGAGAUAGGGAUUUUGACAGAGAAAAUCAGCCACUAAACGUUUCAAAUAAUUUGUGUUUUUCAGAGGGCAAGCAUAUGGUGUCUUACAGCCCCCAAAAUGCUUUUCAGACCCUUUCUCAGAGCUAUAUAACCACUUCUAAAGAAUGUUCAAUUCAGUCCUGUCUCUAUCAGUUUACAUCUAUGGAAUUACUAAUGGGGAACAACAAGCUUCUGUGUGAGAACUGUACUGAAAAGAAACAGAAGUACCCAAAGGAAACCAGUUCUGCAGAAAAGAAAGCAGGAGGGGUUUAUACUAAUGCCAGGAAGCAGUUGCUCAUUUCUGCUGUUCCAGCUAUCCUAAUUCUCCAUCUUAAAAGAUUUCACCAGGCUGGCCUGAGUCUUCGCAAAGUAAACAGACACGUAGAUUUCCCACUGACGCUUGACUUAGCACCAUUCUGUUCUGCUACUUGUAAGAAUGUAAGUGUGGGAGAUAAAGUUCUCUAUGGUCUCUAUGGCGUGGUGGAACAUAGUGGCUCAAUGAGAGGAGGCCACUACACCGCUUACGUGAAAGUGAGAACACCCUCCAGGAAAUUACUGGAACAUAUCACUGGAAAGAAAAAUGUACCUGGUUUGAAAGAACCUGAUGGUGAAUCGGCAGGCCAGUGGGUCCAUGUUAGUGACACUUACGUGCAGGUGGUUCCAGAAUCGAGAGCACUUAGCGCACAAGCGUACCUUCUUUUUUAUGAAAGAAUAUUAUAAUUAUUUGUUAAUUGUUAAUGAUUAUUUAGAUCACUUUUAUUUAAAUGCUGCAGCGACAACCAUUAUAUGCAAUGUGUCUUUGUAGUCUUUUCUGUAGGAAUGGCAUGUCCCUCAAAUGCUCCUGGACAUGUUUACCAUUUUGGUGAAUCCUUUUAAAGUAAGUUAAAUUUACUAAAGCUUUCAAAAUUAUAUUCUUAAAAUAAAUGUAAGCACAUGUUUUUAAAAACAUAUUUGUCCUGGCAAAAAAAA